AUGCCACAAAAUUGGGCAUUAUGGACAAAGCUUAAUGCAAUAGAAUCAGGUCUUGGUUGGGAUGCGACUAAGAGAACAGUAGCUGCUAGUGAUGAAUGGUGGGAGGCCAAAAUCAAGGAGAGUCCUGAGGUUGGAAAGUUUAGAGAUGAAGGUCUGAAAUUUUUUCCUGAGAUGGAAAUUUUAUUCAAGGGUGUAGUUGCUACUGGUCUUGCAGCAUAUGCUCCAUCUGAAGAUUCAAGAGACUCUCACGGUCAAAGCAUUGGAGUGGAAGAGUCAUUUGAUGCUGAUAUUGAUGAGGCCGAAACAGAAGAGCAUGGGAUUGAGGUAGAAAUGACAGCGCAACCAUCAUCUUCAAGGGGAAAUGGACAAAGGAAGAGAGGUAGAGAGGGUGAGAAGAAAGUUGGGGCUGCGGCUAACCUCUCUAGUCAAUUGGAACGUGUUAUUAAUAGCUUUGAGUCAAGUGAUCCUGGAUCUAAAAAUGAUCCUGCUAACAUCAAUGCAUGUGUAGAGAGGCUAAAGAAUCUACCAGGGCUCACUCGUGGGAGUGAUUUAUUUUACACGGGCAUUAGUCUUAUGGACAAAAGGGAGAAUAGGCUUAUCUUUCUUUCCUUAGAGGAGCCUACACUGCAGCUUGGAUGGAUUAAGUCUAAACACAAAUAG